AUGCACGCCUCUCGCACUUUCACUUCGAUCGCAUUGGCGCUUUUCGGCGCUCAAGCCGCCAACGCUUGGCUGCUCGAGUUCUGGGGCACCCAAUCCAACUGCGCCAAGCAGGGCAACAGCGCCGCGGACAACUCGGCUGGUGGUCUCUCGGGAGAUAGCAACAGCUGCAUGAUGGCGUACUACGACCUCAAGGCCAUGAAGGUGACGGAAUGGGACGAUAAGUGCACGGUCAAGGUGUACGCCGGAGACUCACUCGACUGCAGAGGCGAGGUCAUCUACGAGAAGACCAAGGAGGAAGCCAAGGACGACGGCGAACUGGCGGACUCGGAGGACGGUGCAUACAUGUGCCUGACCGGCCUUGCCGGACACCCGGGACCGUAUUAUGCUUCUUACGAGUGCUAA